AUGAGAGUCAAGGCACCCACGUCCAAGCGCUCCACCACGCGCAUGCGUGAAGGCAUUAAGAAGAAGGCCGCGGCCCAGCGCAAGAAAAACAAGAAGUUGGCCAAGAAGGACGUGACCUGGAAGUCCCGUGCCAACAAGGACCCCGGCAUUCCCGCCAGCUUCCCCUACAAGGAGCAAAUCAUUCAGGAGUUGGAGCACAGCCGCCAGCUCGAGGUACAAAAGCGCGAGGAGGCACGGAUCCAGAAACAGCAGGAGCGCGAGCAGGCCGUGGCCGCAGGCACCGGUGCGUUUGUGGCCGCAGCCAGCGACGCCGAGGGGGCGGACGAUGCAGCCGCCAGCGGCUCCUUGGCCGCGUUGAUGGACCUGGCGCAGCAGGCCGCACGUGACUACGCGGCCGGCGGUGCCGCGGACGACGACGCCAUGGCCGGCCUGGACCUGGACGUCGAGUACCAGUUGAGCGACGCGGAAAUCGACCGGCUGGACGUGGAGCGGUCGCGCAAGGCGUACGACAAGAUCUUCCGCGCGGUGGUGGACGCGGCGGACGUGGUGCUCUACGUGUUGGACGCGCGGGACCCCGUGUCCACGCGGUCGAGGGCCGUGGAGCAGGCCGUGCUCCAGGCCGGCGGCAAGCGGCUCAUUCUCGUGUUGAACAAGGUGGACUUGGUGCCUGCGCACGUGUUGGCGCAGUGGCUCGACUUCUUGAAGGCGCUGUUCCCCACGGUGCCGGUCAAGGCGUCGCCCGGCGCCGCGGGCCUGAGUCUCUACAACCGCAACCUCUCCAGCACGGGAACGGCCGGUGCGUUGAUGCACGCGUUGAAGCUGUACGCGGCCAAGCUGAAUUUGAAGCGGCUGAUUGUGGUGGGUGUGAUUGGCUACCCGAACGUGGGCAAGCUGUCGAUCAUCAACGCGUUGACCAGCCGCCACGGGCAGCAGAAGGCGUGCCCCGUGGGCAACAUGGCGGGCGUGACCACGGCCAUGCGCGAGGUCAAGGUGGACAACAAGCUCAAGAUCUUGGACUCGCCCGGCAUUGUGUUUCCGGACGAGGUGGCGGGCAAGCGCCGCGUGGCCGACGCCCGCUUGGCGCUCUUGUCGGCCGUGCUGCCCAAGAGCAUCUCGGACCCGGUGGCCGUGGUGGAGCACUUGCUCCGGCGCUUGUCGAAGGACCCGGCCAUGGCGGACGCGGCCAAGCUGCACUACCACAUCCCGGCGUUGCCGUCGCAGGACUUGGCCGACUUCACGCGCCAGUUCUUGAUCCACGUGGCGCGGGCCCGCGGCCGCUUGUCGCGCGGCGGCAUCCCCAACUUGGACGCCGCGGCGCACACCGUGCUCAACGACUGGCGCGACGGCCGCAUCACGGGCUGGGUGUUGCCGAACGCGUCGCGUGCCGAGGCCGCGGAGCCGGCCCACGCGCCCAAGAGUGCUUUGCGUGGCGACAAGGAGCCGCCCAAGGUCGAGCAGACCACGGUGGUGGCCCAGUGGGCGAAGGAGUUUGAUUUGGACGGCUUGUUGGGCGACAACUUCGGCCUUGCGGCCUAG